AUGACUACACCGACCCAAGAAAACGAUGUGGAACAACAGCAGGAAACCAGCUGCUUCGGCUCUAAGAAGGAUAAGGUUCAGUACGGAACCGGCAAGUCAAUCAUUGUUGAAUUUCGCGACUUUAUCUUCGGCGGCAACCUGAUCCGCAUCGCAGUAGCCUUCGUCCUUGCUCUCUCCAUCGAGAGGUUGGUCACGAGCUUCGUCUCUUCUUUCGUGACACCGAUCCUUGGAGUCAUCGGGGAUACUAACUUCGAGGACUUAAAGUUCACAAUCCGGCAGUCUAAUUUCGUCUACGGCCUGUUUUUGGACGCAUUAAUAUCGUUCAUCAUCAUAGCACUAGUCCUGUUCUUCUGCCUCAUCCUACCGACGCAAAGGUAUGGUGGUCGCUGCGUGCCUGCAUGGAUCAUGCGCAAGUGCCCGUAUUGCUUCCAGGACAUGCCUGCCAUUGGCACCAAGUGCCCUAGUUGCUGCAGCUCAGUAGAAGCGGUUCCAAUUGGACAGAAGAUGACUUAA